CCGAGCCCUCUCUUCCCACUGGACCCUCUCUGGAAGCCGAACCGGGCUCCCGCCCCCAGCUCUCUCCGCCCGGUCUCCAGCGAUGUUGAAUCUCCGACUCAGUCAGUCAGUGGAGGCGGCGCCAGAGUGCCCACAGACCGUCCUGUCUCGUUGCUGCCCGGAGCCGAGUCUCUGCAAAGAAAAAGUGAGACUGGGGAGCAAGCGCAAAGUGUGGCGGCAGCCGGUGAAUUUCAUCCAGUUCCCUUAUUCAGCCAGGUCGCCGCUUAGACACCCUGUGAUAGGCGUUAAAUGGCUAGCGUUCAGCUCGACGAUUUCAUCGCUGGAUGGAUCGGAGGAGCGGCGAGCGUGAUCGUUGGCCACCCCCUCGACACCGUCAAGACCCGCUUGCAAGCCGGACAUGGCUACAGUAACACAGUCCAAUGUGCGCUGAAGAUAUUUAAAAAUGAACAUGUUGCUGGCUUCUUCAAAGGCCUAUCUUUCCCGUUAGCCAGCGUCGCGGUGUACAACUCAGUGGCGUUGGGUGUCUAUGGCAAUGCGCAGAGGGCCAUUUGCGAGUAUCGCUAUGGUGAAGAGAGUCGCCGAGGCCCAGCCCUGUCUGAUGUGGCUGCUGCCAGCGCGGUGGUGGGUCUGGUCACAGUCGCGAUCGGUGCCCCAGUGGACCUGGUCAAGAUCAGACUGCAGAUGCAGACUCAGACGGUGGGGUCAGCUAAAUUAAACUUGAUUGGCGCUGGCUCCAUUCACUCGAUUGCAGUGAACACUCAGCCUCUGUACAGGGGCCCUGUGCACUGCAUCAGCAGAAUUCUGCGGAACGAAGGGAUUUCUGGACUGUACCGAGGUGUUGGAGCCAUGUAUCUCAGAGAUAUUCCGGGAUAUUGUUUGUAUUUUGUCCCCUACAUGUUGCUGUGUGACUGGAUGAUGCCCGAGGGGAGUACGACGCCUAAUCUAUUAUCUGUGUGUCUGGCUGGUGGCGUGGCAGGAACAAUUUCAUGGGGCACUGCAACUCCCAUGGAUGUGGUCAAAAGUCGUCUUCAAGCCGAUGGGGUUAACGAGACAAAGUACAAGGGAAUAUUACACUGUAUUCAAAAGAGUUACCGGACGGAAGGGCUAAAUGUAUUUUUCAGAGGAACAGCUGUGAAUGCUAUCCGGGGAUUCCCUAUGAGUGCAGCCAUGUUCCUUGGAUAUGAAUUCACGUUGAAAAUAUUGCGAGGUCAAUAAGCAGAACGUAACAUUUAGUCCCUGGUAUUUAUCCGGUUGCAUUGUUCCUGCCCCAACCAACAACUGACCAGAUUUAUGAAGAAAAUGAUUCUAUUAUCUCCAUGGCUACUGGUGUCAAACACGUUAAAGGUUCGUCGAUCAAAACGCUAUUGGACCACACAGAAGUUACGCAGAAUGACGGUGUAUUGCAAACGUUAUAUGCAAUGUUCCCCAGGAAGUCAAACGCAGCACAUAUAAAGCAAGGCCGCAAGAAUUGAGCAGUGGUUUCAAAGAGGAAUCUUUGAUGCUGAAAUUUCGGCCAACAGACCGACUUGCUGAGUCGUCCUCGGGGAAACAAAUUCCCCCACUAAAAUCGAAACAGGAACAAAAAACGCAGAGGAAGCUUCGAUUAUUGAAGGGAUUAUAUUGGUGGAGGUAGUGAACUGAGAAACGGUGCCAUUAACUUGCAGAAAGAUAUAUAUCUCAGCAUUAUUGUGUAACAUAACAAAAUAGCCUGAGGGAAUUGCAUAGAAUCAUGCAUCACAAGAGAAAACAAUUAGCCACAUUGUUCCUCUACAGCUUUUUAUAAGAACAAACCAAUUAGUUCCAUUCUCCUGUUUAAGAAGGAACUGCUAGAAAAUCGAAAGUAGACAAAAAUGCUGGAGAAACUCAGCGGGUGAGGCAGCAUCUAUGGAGCAAAGGAAAUAGGAAAAGU